CUAACCAUCCAGUCCGGUUGUAAAACGUUUUUUCUUCUGCUUCAAUCCGGCAAGCCGUAAUUAACUUUAGACUCUCCGCUGUGGCAAGGAUUCUUUCCCUCUCCCCCCACCCACUCGUCUACCCCCUCUACCUCCAUCCCCCGUUUAACCGUUCGUUGUAUCCUUGCAUGCACUUAGCCAAAUUGAAGUUGCUUAUUACUGUGAGACUUGAUCAAAUUAGCGAUCUAUUGGAAAGGAGACCAAACAACGGGGGUGGGUAGCAAGGCCCGGGUACACACACAAGGCGAACCACCGCUUUUCCCUUUGAAAUGAUUGAGUGUGUGCGAUUGUUUCAACAUGGCCAGCAAUUAUCGUUCCAGCUUCUCGCUUUCAUCGAUAUUUCAGAAUUAAAACUGCAUGACUCUUGGCUAAACUGGUUUUCCUUUGGAGUUCGUCGUUGUCGUUAGCUUGUUUAUUUGUUGUUACUCCCACCCCCCUUCUCCUAUUUUAAUCUUCAGUCCUGGUAUCCGAUUGGACUAGGACAUCAAAUAUGCUCGAGAUGCCGCAAAGAUAGAAAGUGUCUCCGAGACUCUUCUGUUGUCCACAACGCAACUUUUUCGUCCAUCCGUUCAAAUCUACUAUCUUCUUAACCACAAGUUUUUGCACUUAAACACUAACAUCGUUCUUAAACUAUAAAAAAGAAUUAUGCUAUCGAACAUCAUCCAGUGUUGCAAACACUACGAUGCUAAAUGUGCCUGAACUUUUAUUCGCAAUAAUAAACUUCCUCCUACGAAGUACUUGCAUGAAUACACGCGCUUACGUCAAAAAUCAGUGGCUGCAUCACGUUCUGCAGAGAAUCUUUAUAGCAAUAUUAACAACCAUCCCGAAGUGUGCCGGUUGUGAACAACCAAUCCUGGACAGAUUUAUUUUAAAAGUUCUGGAGCGUUCCUGGCAUGGAAAAUGCCUAAAAUGUAUCGACUGUCAAGCACAACUCGCCGACAAAUGUUUCGCCCGAAAUGGUCAAGUUUUUUGCAAAGAUGACUUUUUCAAACGGUUUGGGACGAAGUGUGCUGGUUGUGAGCAAGGAAUUCCACCCACCCAGGUAGUGCGGAGAGCGCAGGAUAAUGUCUACCACCUGCACUGCUUCGCAUGUAUCCUUUGCAAACGACAGCUCAACACAGGUGAUGAAUUUUACCUUAUGGAGGACAACAAGCUCGUCUGCAAAGCAGAUUACGAAGCAGCCAAAGCACGCGAGGGGACAACGAAGCGGCCGCGCACCACCAUCACCGCAAAACAGCUCGAAACCUUAAAGACAGCAUACAACAACAGUCCGAAACCUGCCAGGCACGUUCGAGAGCAGCUCAGUCAAGACACAGGCUUGGACAUGCGCGUCGUCCAAGUCUGGUUUCAAAACAGACGCGCCAAAGAAAAACGUCUAAAAAAAGACGCCGGUAAGAGCAGAUGGGGAGAAUACUUCAGAAAUGGUCAUCUGAAACAAGCAGUAGCGUCUGGUAGUGGUCCUCCUACGUCCCCAGAGAGUAGCAUCGAAAGAGGUGGCGAUGAUUCCUUAGAAAUUGAUCUCAGGUCUCAUAAAGAUUUCAGAGAUGAUGAUCUAAGGGACACAUUUGGUACUCCAAUGGGUAAUUCACAACUCGGUGAAACCGACUCAUCUAUGAGGCCAUCUCCAACCCCGCCUAAUGGAAUGAAUUAUCUUGGUCCAGGAGGGCAUACCUACCCCGGCCCUGGAACGCCACCUUACCUGGCUGGCAGCCACAGCCCUUAUCCACCUUCUUACUACGGAGAUGCUUAUCAUCAAAAUGGACACCUUACGGGAGGACUCCCUCCCCCAAGGGGAAUCCUCGGGGUACCUCCCCAACCUACAGAUCUUAGUGCGGGUAGUCGGAACUUAACAUUUCCCGAAUUCCCACCAAGUCCAGCGUCCUGGCUCGAUGAAGUGGACGGUGGAGGGGGCGGUGUGCCGCCUUCUGCUGCCCAAUAUUGAGAAAAAGGUUAAUUGAAAGGGUUAAUUGGCCUGUGAAUAACCACCGGAUGUCUUCCGGUCGAGUUUGAGAAUGAGGACUUUACGGACGUGGUUUCCCGCAACUUGCUUCUGUCGCAUGACCCUGUCGAGGGUCUUUAAUGAAGUCAUGUCAAUGAGCAUAAUAAUCAACGUGAGAGAGAAAAGCGUAUUAAAUCAUUACAACCAGAAGAAAACCCUUAUCUUUAUAUUUCUCAAUUUACACUCACAGAUUUUCUUUUUUAACAAAACUACUUCUUUCAUUUUGAAAUAGUAUUAAAACAAUUGUGUUAUUGUAGCUGUUAAGGAAUUAAUAUUUCUUUUAGUAUCAAAAAGAUUAAAACCAAAAAAGUAAGGAUAAAGGUGUUCAGCACUUAUAAAAUAAAUAAUAAUAAUAGUAUCUUUAACAUUAACAUAACAUUUAACAUCAUAAAUAAUAAUAAUAGUAUAUUAAUCAUUUUGCUCUCAUAGAACUUUCAAGCAGAAAAAUGUUAAUGUCCCUUUUAUUUAAGUUCAAGUUAUUUGUCAUUAGUAACUUGCUUUGUUAUUAUGGUAUUUUUAAUAAAUUUAACAAAUUUUUCGAUAAUUAACAAAAGUCAACAUAUAUGUAUAUAUAUAUAUAUUAGCAAAAUUUUAAUUAUGAGUUACGGAAAACAGGAAGGGCUAAGGGUUAUGUAUAUUUAUUCUUGCUCGUGCAAGUAAUGCAUUAAUUCAAAUUCUCAAAUUUACACAAAUUCAUUCUUAAUAGUUUUUUAUUUAACUCUAAUGAGUAUAACGUCUAAAUUCAAACUGAUACAAAAAAAAAAAAAAAUAAUUCUAACUGUAUAGUUUUUUUUUAAAUAUCUGGUUUUUUGUUUCAUUUCAUACUGACUACACUCCUCACAAUGGGAACCACUUCGUAAAACUACGGUUUUCAUUCGAAACUCAUUGCUCCACCGAAACAGAAGCGGACAAAUGUCUCAUCCAGAUAGAAGCAGAGCAAUAUUUUAGAAAGAAAAAAAAAAUAAAAAUAAAAACACCACGUUUUUCGUCGUGCUCUCUGAAGCACUUCAGAGGACGUUCGAAAUCAUUUGUAAGUUUUAAUCUGUAUAAAGUUGAAGAACUUGAGAUACAUUUAUCGUCAAGAGAGAGCUCUUACUGUUGUAUUUUAUUUCGGUUUCUGUACAGAAUCACAUAAAAUGGAGAGCUUCAUAUUUGCGUUGUGGCCAGUGGUUACAUAUGUUAUGUGUGGAUAGUCAUCCUUUACAAUUAUGUGAUCGUCAGAAGUCACAUCCUUCAAGAAGUGAAAUGGCUUAGUUUUCAUGAUUUCUGGUACUUCGAGUCAAAUUAACUUGGCACUGUUGAGGAAACUACAGUAUGUAAUAUUGCAAUAGUCUUUGGCACAAUUCUUCAAUUUUCAAAAAAAAAAACCUAAUUGAAAAUAAUUAUCGCAGAAUGAAAUUUAAAAUUAAUGGAACUUCUAAGGGUAUCCAAUUGUAGAUGGGUAUUUCUUUAUUUUUUCCUUGAUUUCAUUUUAUUCAUCAAGUAAAGAAAGCGAACCUCAAGACUGUUUGAUUCUCUUAACAAGAAUAAAGUUAAAUAUACUCUACGCUAUUCCUUUUUAUUCUUUUUUCUUAAAAGCAAAACUAUUUUUGCAUCAUACAGUUAUUUCUCUUUAAUGAAAAAAAUAUCCUUGCAAAAUUAAUGAAUGAAUUAAAUGUCUCUAAUUUAUUAUAAUUUAAUUUAAUUUAGUAGAAAAAAAGUCCAAAUAAAUUCAUAGUCUAAAAUCACUACAAUUAUUUUCUCCUUUUUCCAUAGAGUACUGUAGAAUAAGAAUUUCGAUAAUAAAAUAAACCAGUUAAUAGAAGAAAACAAUUUUAUUUAAUUUAUUCUAAAUUUAUAUUUUUCGCUCAAUACUGAGUUUUACCUAUACAGAAUACAUUCAAGUCUACAUUAGCUGUAUUUUAGUGUAAGGAGUCAAAAUUAAUUUCUCAUUUUAUCCUAUUGUUAAAAUAGUUUAUGUAGAUAAUAAUGUGGACAAUAAUUUUCCACCUUGUAUAUGGUCCUUUCCUUUCUUUCGUGUUUUUGCAAUAAAACUGCGGUUGAACUUCAAAAUUACAAAAAAAAAAAAUUGAUAUUGGAGCCUAUAAAUGACCAUAGGCUAUUGCUAAGUUAAACUGACACGAAGUAUUAUUAAUUGUUUCCGACCACGCUCGAAAAAUGAAAUGCAUUUCAUAUUUUAUAUAUUCAUCGAAAUUAAUAUAUUUAUUUUCUGAUACAAGCCACUUGAAAUCCAAAGCGAUAAACUUUAACCAUUUUCCAUCAAAUUUAACAUUGUUGUAUUCAACAAUAUGUGCCAUAUUUCCAAAGAGUAAAAGAUUUUUAAAUAGCAUUUCUAAUAGAAUACCAGAACUAUAACUAAAAAAAGAACUUAACUUAAGAAUUAAUAUGAAAAGUUAAAAUGAAAAAAAUAAUUACAGUUUCAGCACCAAAUAAUUUUUAUACCACAUAAAACUUAAUUAAAAACUUCAGACAGCACGCAGACAGUUCUGCUGAAGAAAAAAAAAUUAUCAUAAAAUCUUCCAAUAAAGAGUAAUGAUUUAUAGCUCAGCGAAAAUUCAAUAAUCGAAGUUAAUAAAGCUUUUUUAAUAGUAAAUAUUAAUUAUAAAUACACAUUAAAGCUGGAUCUCAAGUGGUUUAUAUGCGAUCUUACUAAUACGCUAACCUUUCUAAAUUAUGUAUAAUGCAUAGAUUAACAUUAUUACUUUAUGUAAAUUUCUGUAUUAAAGUAAACAAGUAACUAUCAAAAUAUAAAUAUUGGAGAAAACUGAUUGAUUUUUCCUUCUGAUGGAUGUGCUACUAUUAUUAUUUCAAUGUAAUCAUCGUCAUUUUUCUAUCACUUGGGCACAAUAAACUAGUCAAUUAUA